AUGUGUAAUUUUUAUUUAUUAAUUAAUAGAAAAAGCCAAGCUUAAAUUGAGUUAGACCAAAUUUAAUAAAAAAAUUAUAAUGAUUGAUAAGGAAUUUGAAAAUAAGAAAAUUGCAAAUAUACCCCGAUAGAUUACCUGA